UUUCAUACGAGGCCGAGUUGUAUCAUUUGCUAUCGUUUAAUACAAAUAUCUGGUGUGUUCUCAUAUAUUAAAAGAUAUUAGAAAAAUAUUAUAAAACCAGUUGUUACAGUAACGAUUCUCUUCCCUUUCGUUCGUGUCACUCCUUUUAUUUAGAUAAGUAAUAUACAUAUUGUUAUCAGGUCGUGAGACAAUUGUUUUUUGCCACAAUAAUUAACAUUCUAAUCGGAACGAUUUUUUAUAGCAGCAUAAAUAAGAGAUGCGUAGACGCAUUUUGGUCGAAAGUGGUGGGGGAAUGUGGCGGCGCGCGAUAUGAUAGCGUUUUGAGAUGGUUCAGUUCCGCGCCGUCUCACGUGCGCGACACAUUUCGACAAACGUGGAAUCAUCGGUGUGACAGAUCCUGCCAUACGUACCUUCAAAUUAAUUUCAUUUCUACAUCUAUCACCUAUAUUAUCGUUUCUUAUUAUAUUAUUUCUUUCACGAUUCAUUCAUACCUGGCACAUUUUUAUUCGUCUUCCGUUUUAUUAGAAAAAUUUCGUUCGACAUUUCUUUUACGCAUCUAUCCUUUUCUUAUAUACCUUUUUUUAUUACGAUCCGUUAGACAACGAAAUACAGUGUAACAGUGUGUUCAGUGUCCUUGGAUAUAAUCAUGGAUAAGAGAAGCGAACGAGUCAGCCGUUUCAAACGUGCUGGAGUCUCGGAGGCCCGUGGCGCGGUAAGUGGCACUUUCGCCCUUUUCAUUCCAGACAGAGCCGCGGAUGAAUCGCGUGGAUCAUUGGCGCCCGAAGGGAGAUUCCUCGCCUUCUUCGGCUCGCAACGGCGACACGAUCCGACGCUGUCGGCGAAAGGCAUCCGCCAGCGGAGCUUUUUACAGAUAGUAGAAGAUCAGCAGACGAUGAUGGGCUGGUGUAGCGUCAAGUGUAGUCCUUGCGAGCAACGUAAGCCUACGCCAAAAAGGAUGCGCAUGGCUCGUAACCGUGAAAAGUCAAUUCGAAGAAGAGGCUGGCUGGCAUCGAUCGGAAACGAGGCGCGGGAACACGUGUUCGCGGACACCCACGUGAAAAAUUGCGAUAACGUCCAACGGCAGGGAAAAGGAAGGAUUACCAUACCCUUGGUCGUGAUAGCGAAAAUGCCGCUUCUGCUAGCGACGAGGAGAAUCAAUCAGGACACUCGAGCGACCGUGAUCCUACGAUGGAUCCCGGCGCCGCGAAUUCGAAGGACCCUCGUACGUCAACCGCAAUCGUCCCAAUAAAAAUAUUUCCUCCCCUGGCACGGAACGCGCUGGAUUUCCUUCCCGACCGCGAAGAAAGAACCCAGAAGAAAUAGAUUCUCCCAUUCCGAGGUAUAUUUCCCUCUGUGGAGGGGGAAACUUCGGGUUCCACAUUUUCCAAAUUCUUUCCCUCAAACAACGAUAAAUAGUCCCUGAAAUAUCUCGACUUCUAACAACCAAUAACUAGACGAUGAAUAUCUAUGCGAAUUCAUAUUUCUAUCAAUAUAACUAGAAGAAUGAAAUCUGGAUAGGAAACUGUUUUACCUAAUGAGACAACUGUGAUAUCUAAAUUGUAUUUAUUUAAAGAAAAAGACAGAUAGAAACUUAUUUUUACAUUCAAAAGUUUUACAUUCAUCAACAACGCAAAACACAUGUUACAUAUAUUACGUUACAUUAAAAAUAUAUCGCUAGGAAUAUCAGUCGAUCACGAAGCUAUGCCACGUUUGAAAAAUCCAGUCGAUUUUAAUUCGCUUUAAGUUGAUUGUUAUUCGACUCGCGCCAAUUACAAUGGAAAGUGAAGUGAAUUGUUCCUUUCUAUUCUACGUGGUUGUUAUAUGGAUCAGUAGGGUACUCUUAUUUACUGACUCGACAAACUUCGAAUCUCUUCGUUUCUUUCGCAAAGCGAUUGCGUAACGAUGGUGCGGAGGUAGCAUUACGCAAUCGUUACCUUCCUCGUUAAAGAAUUAAAAGAAUUCGCGUCGCCUCUCAGACAAACAAACGCUGGCGGCGUUAAAACAUGGUUUCGCCACUUGUCGAAAUAAAUUACCGCCACACCCGGCUGUAAAUGGGCGUGUAAGCGGUUUCACCCUGGUCAAAGACUCCUCUAGAAAUAAACGUACAGAUCGUAAUUAUCUAGGGACGAGCAAGAGGCUCUCCGCCCAACGUUUCUCUCUUCAUCUUCGCGACGUGUCCGUUUGGACGGACAACGCGCGAACCUAACUCACUAAUCUCCUCCCGUGAGAGAUCGGAGCGGAGGAAUAUGAAAGCAAAGGUCGUGGAUACUGCUUCGUCAUGUGCCUCUAUUAGACGAGCAUGGGGAAAGACUUCUUUCUCGAGUUUGUGCGCCUUUUUUUUCUUAACCCGUGUUUCUUAGCCUUUAUUUCUCGAUUACGUGCAUUCGGUAUUAACUAAUGUCACGGAUUAUUGAAACCGAGUUGUUGGUGAUUAGUUAGGAUAUGGAGUUAUUAGUUGUUAGUAGACUGCUGACUUUUAUGUAUUUAUGGAGAGUUUGAAGGUAGAAAUGCGCAGAAUGCAUUUGCUUGAGAGAAGAAAAGCACGAUAAAUCAUAUUUCCAUAUAUUUUACAAGGAAACAAUUUUAAAAUGUAAAAUACCGUCAGUCAUUCAGAUAAAACUCUGUUUCUUCUAUGUUUCUUCUGUUUGAUCUUUGGAUUACGCGUAAACUUCAAAAAAAAUUUUGUUGAAACGCUUGUAAUAAAAUAUUGUUGUGCUAAAGUAUUUCCUCUAAGCCGAAAACUAAUAUUGCGAAAAUCAACGAACCAUACCACGUUAUAAAUUCUAUAGAAAAAUAUACCAUUAUAUCCAAAGUGGA